GUCGGAGUUGUUUAGUGAUCGUUUAGCCGUGACGUCACUUUAAAAAUUUGCAGCGUUUUAAGGUGAUAUUGCAAAUACACACCCCCUGUGAAAAAGGUGUGUGACUGUGAUGAUAAAUAAAUUGAAAUAAUUUACAGCGAGUAGGCGACGUGUGAAUUUCCGCCGAUUGCUUGUUGGAUGUGAAGAAAUUGCUACAUUUUCUGUUGCAGAAAUUUGACAAGUAGAGUUGGUGCAGUUUCUCUCUAAAACAGCAAGCAUAAGAACAGGGUUCCAGAGGCUGGUGAAGGUUGAGAAGCAUGAAGUAUGUACCGCUUGAAGUGAACGAAUUCUUAGAAGUAUCUGUCGUUCUUUAAUGUUAACAUAAUGACUGUAGACUUCUGUGAUUACUUCUGGGGGGAGAAGAACAAUGGAUUCGAUGUUCUGUAUCAGAACACCAAGCAUGGGCAAAAUGCAAGCAAAGAGCUUGCAGAUUUCUUCAAGGAAUCAGCGCUGCUGGAGGAGAGUUACUCCAAGAUGCAGGCCAAGCUGGCCAGCAAGGCCAACAGUGCGGGCGUCAGCGGCACCUUCGCCCCCGUGUGGACGCUGCUGCGCACCUCCUCUGAGCGUCUGUCGUCCAUUCACCUGGCGGCGGUCACCCGGCUAGCCGAGCUCGUCAAAGAGGUGCAGAAGUUCACCGACGACCUGCAUAAGCGGCAGAAGACGGUGAAGGAGGAGGAGGCGCCCACCAUGGAAGUCGUCCAGUCGCUCCAGCAGCUCACCGCCAGCGUUCUGAAAGCUCGCGAGGUGUACCACCAGCGCGCCGCCGAGCUGCGCCGGCUCCAGGAGGCCGCCCAGCCAGCCAAGGACACGGAUAAGGCCGAGGCCAAACUGCGGAAGGCGGCAGAGGAGUACCGAGCACUGGUGGACAAGCACCGGGGAGUGCGAGACGACUUUGAGCGGAAAAUGGUCGUCUCGUGUCGGCAUUUCCAAGAGUUGGAAGAGAAUUAUUUGUGCCAGAUGAAGGAAUUCAUCGAUAUCUACAUCAAGCUCUUUGACGCGAGCUGCAACCAAAUCCGCGAAGUGAACGUGGAUCUACGCCGUCAGUGCGACGAGAAGACUGUGCUGAAACUGCUCGAAGAGUUCGCGCUCGCCAAACACACCGGACUGGAGAAGCCAGCGUGGCUGGAGUUCGAGGAACUACCAGCCGCCAGCUCGACGUCUGUUGGCUCCACUCCUGACGCCGUCAGCGAGUCGGGGUCGGCGGGGGUCGACGAGACACGCUCGGCCGCCGGCGCCGCCGCCAAACAAGCGGCCGGCGGCGGCGGCCCAGCCGGGGACGAUGUCUCCACGUCCAGCGGCGGCCCGAGUCGGUCGGCGGCCGCCAGUCCGGACGGCGAGCCGACUACCGGCCGGCCGCUCCAGCUCCGCGCGUCAAAGUGGGACUUGUCUUCGUGGCAGCCGCAGGGGACCUCGUGGACAUCAGGGUUCCUGAGGGGCCGGCGCAAGCGGGAGAAACAAUCCAAAUCAAAACGUGACAACGAAAAAUCGGACAGCGAGGAGAACCACAAGUCCAGUCCGGUGGUGGACGAGGAGGGGUUCUCCAUCCGGCCGCGGCACGAAACAGAGAAGAAGAAACGCCACGACAGCUUCUAUUCUUCUUCAGACUCAGAUUCAGACGAGGACCCGACCAGUAAGAUACACGUGAAGAUCAACCCUCUGAGUAACGGCGGCGGUCCCAUAUCAGCCAGUGUGGAUGAGCUGCGUACGCUGGCGAGCGGCCUGACACUCUCCCCGGCCAACACAGGAUCGAGUAAGAGUCCAACAAUUGCGGAAGAGAACAGCGGCCUGCGACGUUCUCAGUCACAGCAGCUGUCCCAAGAACGGCCGAGUAACGACCUGAUCGGUCUCAGUUUCCACUCUCCGACGCACUCGAACCAGUCGACGCCGAGCGGCAGCGGGCCGCGACACCUACCGUCGGCAGCGCCGCCCGCCGGCGACGGCGACAGAUACGCAGAACUCAGUGAAAUAUUUGCCGAGAGCUCGGACAUGCCUCCCGCCCUGCCGCCGAAGCACCAGGCGCCGGCGGCCGCUCCGCAGCGGGGAGCAACUCCCACCCUCUCUUCAAUCGCCAUACCGCGACCACCGAGCCGACGAAGCGUUGAGGGUGUGGCCACGAUGACGCGCGGCCGCCAGUCUCCCGCCCUCUCCUCGCCGGUAUCCCGGGGUCCGACUCCGGCUCCGGCGACCGCGCCGUCCCCGUCACCUUCAGCGGCCUCUGGCAGCGGCACCCCGCGCGCCGAGCCGGUGGUGGGCUCCUCUCGUGGUCCGUCGCCGCUCACUCUGGGUCUGAGCGACACAGUGCCGCUGGCGGUGGCCUUCCAGGAGGUGGUGCACGCCUACUUCCGCGGCUCGGACCCGUCCAAUAUCGCCUGUCAUCCGGUUUCAAGCAGUCCUUCGGUUUGCGGAAUGCAAGCGCCGUGCCACCCGACUAUGGCCCGAAGCUGCAACAAUCACCACCAAUAUCAUCAUCAUCAUCACCACUAUCACCACUACCAUCACUAUUACCAAUACCCUCACCAGCACCACCCGGAGACCGAGUACCGUCCUCCGCACGAGCUGCUGAGCCCGGCUCCAUAUCAGUGUCACCACAUCGGGACUGUGCCCCUACACCCACCGUCCCCACCUCCCUAUCAGUGCCACACCACCGGGGCCCUGCCCCCAUACCCACCGUCCUACCAGUGCCACUCCACCGGGACUCCUCCCCCACAUCCGCCGUCCCCGGCUGGGGCCCUGCCCCCGCAUCCCACUUCACCGUCUCCCCCACUGCCGCUGCGAGCCUCUCCCGCGGUGCCUCCUGUGUUCUGGCCGGACGUCCUCCGACCCGACUCCUGCCACAAUCCGUGGUACGCGCUGGUGGCGGGCGCCGCGGCGCGGCCGGCGCCGGAGCCUAUCCCGGUGGCGAUCCUGUUCUCGGAGGUGGCAAACGUCCAUUUCCAGCGGGAUGGAACCGACAACAGGUGUCGUGUGCGGAUGACGGGCGACACGAUGGUCUCGUUCCCGUCGGGUAUCGUCCAGGUGCUCACGUCCAACCCCAGUCCGGCGCCGCUCGUCUUUCGGCUGAAGAACACGGGCAGGAUGGAGAAUAUGCUUCCCAACCGGCACCUCAUCACCCAGGAGCUGAAGCUCAGUGGUAUCGACACUGCCGUGUUCGAGUUCCGUAUGGACAACCUGACUGCGCUGCUGCGGAGGCAGGCGGAGAAAAACCCGUCAGCGUCCUACUUCAACGUCGACAUCCUGAAAUACGAGAUUUUGGCCAAGCCCGGCGCGGCCUCUGUUCCGCUGCAGCUGGUCGCCUACUGGAAGUGCGAGCCUACACACACGGACCUCAAGGUGGAGUACAAAUACAACUCUGCGGCGCUGACGCCGGCAUCGGCUCUGCAGAACAUCACCGUCUCGGCACCGGUGGACGGCGGCGUUACGGCCAUGCACUCGAAACCCACCGGAAAGUGGGUUGUCGAGACAAACCGCGCCAUGUGGCGGCUGCAGGAGGUCUCUCCCGCGUCCAGCGACCAGGGCGCCGGCGCGCUCAAGGCCCGGUUCGAGCUGUCGGGCGGACCGGGCAGCCCGAGCACGCUGGCCGCUCAGUUCAGCUGUGAGGGCAGCACACUCUCGGGCGCCGAGUUCCAGCUGCUCGGAUCAGGCUACCGCGUGUCGCUCGUCAAACGGCGCUUCGUGUCCGGGAAGUACUUGUGCGACUCGGACUACGUGGAGAGCAGCGAGCGGUACGCGGCGCCGCCCGGGCCCGGGUGACGUCAGCCGCCGCCGGGCGUGACGUCACACACGGCCGCGGUGACGUCACGCACGCGGCACGAGCGUCGGCCGACCUUCUUGUGACCGCGGCCGGGCCGCCUAUUCCCUCUGUUAGCUGCUGUUACGGCGCCAUCCGGCAAUAUAUUGAGUGUCAUGCAGGGACCUGCCGGGCGAGGCCGGUCGGUGCGCGCCGGCCGGUAUGUGGCGGGUCAUUAUCCACUGUAUCAGCGUGUGCCGCCGCACGGUCGUUCGGCUAUCGAUUGGCGGGCCCGUGACUCCGCGCCCCGCCCGCCUGGUCCGACUGCGCUCACGGGCCGGCGGGCGACCACGGGACGCGCGGUCUACCUCGGGAGACUCUCCGCGACUGCGGAGACGUUUUAACGCUGCCGGCCGAGCGGCGCUGGAGCUGCGCGGAGCGGCGCUGUUGACGUUGGCGCUGCCGAAGCGACGCGAAGUCGCACCCCGCAGUAUACAUACACACACCAGCGCAGUAGCCGCAGUCUGUAUUUUAUCGCGCCGCUUCUAGUGCUUGUUUUGCUUGUGGCGGCGCGGCGCCGUGCCGAGGAAUACUGCCGCGCGGCGGGCGCCCGGUCGAUGUUCCGACCGUCCGCCGUCCGCCGCCCGCUGACUACCACCUGUCCGACCCAGGUGUAUACUGAGCGAGCCGCCGCCGGGGCCAGCCGUAUGUGUGUGUGUCUAAGUGGGACGGGUGACUGCAGUCCCUCGAGCCAGCUAUACCGACCCGGACCCUGGAGCCUAUGUACACAACAUUCACACACCCACGCAGAACCCAGCUGUGUGAUGACGCAUACUGUGUAUAUUCGCAUCCAUGGUAGGCCUAUAUUUACGAAAUAAAUAUAUCAGUAUGUUAUUCCAGUGCUGAUGACAAUA